AUGGAGCACAUGAAAGGCCCGGAGCCCCCUAGGCAGCGUGUUGGGACGCAGGAGGGGUCCCAGGGCGGCGACGACAUCUUCCGACAGUCUCUCCUGCGAUAUGUCGCAUUCACCAGUGAUGUGGGAGAGGCAUUCAAGCCCUUCAUCUCGCGCAGGCUAUACCUGGGAAGCUGUGCAGUGGUAGCGCUGUAUGGGCUGGCAGACACGCUGGACAAAGGGUGGCGCGCCCAUGAGCGGGCCGCCGCAGCGCGCAAGCCCACGCCAGGUCUGGCCGUGCCGCCCCUGGCUGGCGCCGCCGCGGCGGCGGCGUCAGCAGCGGUCCCCGCAGCCCCUGCACAGACCCCGCCCAUGCCGCUGGCCUCGCUGACAGCCGCCGUCCGGAGCCGGUCGUCUUCGGGAGCUGCAGCAGCGUGUGCCGCCUGCCUGCCGCCCGCCGCCGCCUACCACGCCACCAGCAUCAGCGAGCAGCGGGCGGCGGCGGUGCCGGUGGCGGCGGCGGUGCUCGACGCGGCGCUGUGGCACUCGGCCGCCUCCCUGGCCAUCCCAGCCGUCGCCAUCAACAGGACGGUGUGGGCCACGGGGAAGCUGCUGUCCCGCGGCGCCUGGGCCGCCGCGCUGCACCCGCGCCUGCGCCAGCUGGUGCCCUCUGCCGCCGGCCUGGCCCUCAUCCCGCUGCUGGUGCCGCACAUCGACGAGGCGGUCACGGGCUGGAUGGACCAGCACCUGCGGCCGCGCCUGCCGCAGCAGGAGGCAACGGCCGCUAGCCCGAAUGAUGCACACCGCGAGGCCCUUCCGCAGUAA